AUUCAGCAUAUGUUGAAUUUCGUGCAUGUGCGACAACCUCUCUAUGCUUCUGUACUACAUCCAGAAGUCGCAUGAUGGAUACAAACGGCAAAUGUUCUCGUCAAGGCAAGAAGACCAAGAAAGUCAAGUCUGGUUGCCGUACAUGCAAAAUCAGAAGGGUGAAAUGUGACGAACUUUGGCCCGUCUGCGAUCGUUGCAACUCUACUGGUCGAGUUUGCGAAGGGUACGGUGUCUGGGGUGGGGGAGAAACCAUUUUCAGCCAACAACAGCGUCUUCUUUCCGAGCGAGCAGCACGAACGGUUUCCAGACCCCCUGUCGUCGUUUUCCUUCCUGGAUCAAGUCCUGAGGAGCGCGACGGCUUCGAAUGGUUCAAGUACAGGACUGCUCCGAAACUACCAGGCAGCUUCCAAUCCAAGUUUUGGUCUACUCUUCUCCAUCAAGCCAGUCUGGACGAGCCGACAGUUUUGCACGCUGUUCUUGCAUUGAGCUAUGUGCAUAAAGGUGGUCAUGAUGUAAGCAAAUGCAAUACGCUCGACCAUGAAACGGUUGCGUUGCGGCAUUAUUCCAGGUCAAUUAAAGGUCUUCAGCCACAUUUCAUAGAGAAGAGCAAAACAUCGUGCAGGAUCGCUUUGUUAGCUUGUGCUGUAUUCGUCAACUUAGAGAUGCUUCGCGGCCAUUUCCAGACUGCACAGACUCAUCUCGAAAACGGCAUACGAAUUUUGCAGGAGAUGCAACUCAUUUCAGAAGGAAAUGACGGCAUAUAUCGUGACGUCCCAGGCUUAGGGUCAACUGACAUCUGGAUAGUUGAAAUAUUCGCAAGGAUGCAGCUACAAUCGGAAAUGUUUCGAUGUGGGUAUGAGCAUCGUUGUCUAUUUCUGGAGUUGACACAAUGGACUGCUUCCGAGGGACCAUCUUCAGGACUGAACUCUCUGAAGCAGGCUUGGGGUACUUUGACUCCACUACUGAACCAGACAUUGCGCCUGAUAUCGAUUUCACGACAUCAAACUUUUGCAAACUUCCAAUGCCAGACAUCAGAAGCAAUGUCCCAAACCCAACAAUCCAUUCUGAAAGGCCUGGCGCGGUGGAAAGAAAUGUCAGAGAUUCUCCAGAAGCGGUUGCUCGGUGACGAAAGACGAGCCUUCCACUUGUUGUUGACAUAUCACACUCUCGCAGUCAUCAUGGCGGACACGGCUCUUGAGCUAAACAAUGAGAUGAUCUACGACAGCAAGGCCGCAAAGUUUCAAACACUCUUACAGCAGUUGACCGAACUCCAUGAUGCAUCUCAAAAACAUUCGAGGACCACUGUACUCCCAGAAAUGAUGAUGGAUAUGGAAUCAUCUAUUGCAGACAUCGGAUGGACGGCUGUUCUCUACUACAUCGUCAGCAAAUGCCGUGUUACGACAAUCCGCGCACAAGCUGUCAAACUUCUCGAGUCUCGCUCUCACCGUGAAGGAUUGUGGGAUUCGAAAGUGAUGGCCUGUGUUGCGAGGAAACUUGUUGACAUAGAAGAAGCAGGCUUUGACCAUGACAAAGGAAAGUUGACAGGAGAUCAAGGUGCUACAAUUCUACGGUCUCAUUCUGUGGAGGUACCUCUACCUGAUUCACAUCGGUUACGAGAAGUCGAGGUGGUUUUGUCGGGAGCUCCGAUGGACAAUAUCAUGAUCUUCGGCAGACGUGAGCAGGAUGGCUUGGGGAACCGGGUUCUUCUCUCGGAAUAUCAUAUUCUGGCUCGUUACUGGAAAGAUGCCGAGAAUUGUUAGCUGGAUGCACAGAAAUCUUU